CUGAACAUUAUUUCUGACGACAUUCGCGUGAAAAGUUGCUUGAUUAAACCUGUAUAUAUAACGUAGAUGUUUCAUCAAUAAAUUUAUCACGCAGUGCGAGCGAGACGAAGGUUGAUAAAUAAGGAAAAUGUCGAGACAUUAUUUUCACGAUGUACCGGGUGGAGAUACUAUUCUCUUUGACGUCAUCGAUGAAAAACCAGAAGUUCCUUACAGACUUGGCGUCUUCAUGCAUGACACAUUCGAGAAAAAGAUGGCGAUCAUGUCAAAUUUACCACACUACAAGUGUCGAGAAAAAGAUAUUAUUAUUUUAUCGUAUCCGAAAACAGGCACGAACUGGUUGUGGGAAAUCAUGACGAUGGUAACGACGGGAUCGCAAGAAGUCUCAACUAGCGACAAACGCUAUGGCAUGGUCGAGGCGAUGCCGGUCGCUAUGGCGGACCAGCUACCGGACCCCCGGAUCCUCAACUCUCAUCUUCUUCCUAAAUAUCUGCCCAAAGCGAUUUCAACAGGCAACCACAAGUGUGUCUUCAUCGCCAGAAACCCGAAAGACACCGCCGUAUCCUUCUACAACCAUACAAAAGGCAUCAAGGGUUAUGAAUACAACGGAAAAUUUGAGAAUUAUCUGCAGAUGUUCAUGCGCGGAGAAGUGGACUAUGGCGGAUAUCCGGAAUACCUUCGACAGUGGAAGCAUUUUAUGGACGAGCACCCGGAUGUUCCCAUGCACGUGAUGUAUUACGAGGACUUAAAAGAGUAUUUCGUGGAAGAGAUGCGCAAACUCAGCGCGUUCAUGGGAUAUAACUUAGAUGAGGCGAGAUUGCACCAAAUACAGGACAGAUGCGAGGUCAACAGCAUGAGGCAGGGCAAGCUGGCAAAGAUGGACCCGGAAAUGCUUGAACAAUUAAAAACGCUUACGCGUGACGGAUUCUUGUUUAUACGUAAAGGACAGGUAGGUGAUUGGAAGAACUGGUUCACUGUGGCCCAGAGCGAGCAGUUCGACGCCUGGUGGGCCGAGCAGACCAUGGACAUCACGAGGUUCUCCUUCCGGUACACGCUUGAUUCGGGCUGUCAGUAGAUUGGGUCGCAAUUGUGUAGUGGUAUGGCGCCCGGAAAGCGCGACCAGGAGGUCGAUGGCUCCGUGACUUUAAGGGGCCCUAUGAGACCGUGGCGAAAUAAUGGUUUACUAACGAUUUUGCCUGCAACACGAUAUUCUCGCGGAAAUGAAGGAAUAAUCAUUCGCUCGUAAACAUCGUAUUUAUAUUUCUGAGGAUAAAUGAUUGAAUGUACAAUCCUAUUUGACUUUACUUCAUUUGUUAAUUAAAUUAAAAAAAUAUAACGAA